AUGGAUGAUGGGGAAGAGAAGAAGUUUGUGUGCAUGUUCUGUAACAGGGCGUUUGCUUCUGAGAAAGGACGCGGAGGUCACAUUAGGAUCCAUUAUUCGAACAAGAAGGAUUCAGUUGAUUCAGAUCGUUACAAUGGCAACAAGAAGAAGAGCUUGGUGGGUCGUCAGAGAGAGAAGCAGAAACAACAACAACAACAACAACAAGAUUGCACGAUAUGUCGCAAAAAGUUCGUUUCUUUGAAAGCUCUUGAAGAUCACAUGGCUUGUCACAGUGAGGGAGAUGCGAUUUUGCUAGAUAGCCAAUCUGAUACUGACUCUGAGACUACGAAGAAAAGGUCCAAGAAAGUGAUGAGAAGAUCAUCAGAUUCAGAGUCUUUUAGUAAUGAGAUCUUGUCUUUUGGUUCUGGUAUAAGCCAAGAUGUUGGUGUGGCGUCUUAUAUUUUCAUGAUGAUGAAGUCGGUAGAAAAUUGUAGUUACGAGGAAAGACAUAACUUUGUGAUGAACUCUAUGCACGAGGACGACUUUGAGGUUGUUAAGACGAAGUCAUCUUCAGGAAAGAAGCUUAUAACGAUCUCUUAUGUGAAGAGUCAAGUUUCAGAGAAAGGUAAAGUUGCAGACGGUGACCAGUUGAGAUCUGCUGAAGGUGUUAUUCUCUGUGGUUCAGAUGGCUUUGAUUCUGACGCAGACAUCUCUGUUCACGGAUCUCGUAGGAACACUGGAUCUGGAUUCAACAACUCUAUGAACAGGUUCAGGAAUGGUGAUGAGGGAGGAUCAAAGUAUGAAACUGAUUCACGUGCAGAUACAAACAGCAAGAUUCAUAGGCUCAGAGAUAGCAAAUCUCCAGAGGUUGUUAAGAAAGCAGGUGGUGAAGAGAAGGAAAGCAAAAGUCAUGAGUGCCCAAUUUGCUUCGAGGUGUUCAAAUCAGUCCAAGCUUUAGAUUAUCACGUGAGAUCACAUUACAUUGGGAACCGAGAACACAACCAAGUAGCUGAAAUGCCUAACAAAAACAAUCUAAGGCUUGUUGACUAUUCAGAUUCAGAUACUGAUGAUGAACGAAUCGAAACCUGA